GCUUUAGGCCAAAUAAUGGGAUUAUCUGAUGCUAUACUUGGGUUAACAAUUUUUGCAAUGGGAAAUAGUUUGGGAGAUUUUGUUGCAAAUAUUACUAUUGCAAAAAUGGGAUUUCCUAUGAUGGCCAUGAGCGCAUGUUUUGGUGGUCCUAUGUUGAAUAUAUUACUUGGAGUUGGUAUUAGUGCUACUUAUGUAGCAAUUAAAACAGGCAGUCCAAGUAAGAUUGAAGUUGAAGCAACGUUAUUUAUAUCAUCAAUUGGAUUAUUAUUAGGCACUGGUAUUGGUGCUGCUUUUGCAGUUGAAUAUGCGGCACCUGGAGUGACUUUAGGUUUAUUGGGUAGAAAUGAAGUAGCAGAACGUUGCAAAGAAAAAGGUGCAAAUUGUGUUUUAUUGAAAGUGGAUAUUUCAAACAUUGAAGAAUUGAAAAAAAGUUUAGAAAGCUUUGAUGAUUCCCAUCCAAUUGAAUUGCUGUUUUCAAAUGCAGCUCAAGCAGGUGCUACUAGAGAUAAUUUUGAUACUAUUUCACGGGAAGAUGGAUGGCAACGAAUAAUCGAUGUCAAUUACACUGGUAAUAUUGCUACUAUAAUGACAGUUUAUAAAAGAAUGAAAGGAAGAAAAUUUGGUCAAAUUGCAGUAACAUCAUCUGUAGUUGGCUUUUUCGGUAUGCCAGGUAACUGUUAUUAUAAUGCAACAAAAUCAGCAUUAACGACAUUUUCACAAGAUCUUCGUUACAUAGCAUCUUUUGAUAAUGUAAAAGUAUCUGUGAUAGUACCUGGAGCAAUAGACACGAAUAUGUUUCGAGCUGAUGUACCUUCUAAUAAAAUUCAUGGGGCUGCUGAUCCUAACGAUUUGGCCAAAAUCGUUAGAAAUCAGUUGAAUUCUGACACGUUUUGUAUUGGCUGGCCUUUCUAUCAAUAUUUAAUGUUUUGGGCUAUUUCAACUUUUCCU